GGGGAUCUGGUGGCCGCCAUGUCCAGAAGGAGGAUGGCGAAGAUGAUGAUGGCGAUGAUGGCAAUGGCAAUGGUGGCGACCAGCGAAGGGUUUUCACUGUGCCCUCUCCCGCUCUCGCUGGGAUGGAAAGGAGGGAGAACCGCAUCAUCGUCUCGUGCUUCUGCUUCAAGAUCUCAUGGUCUGCGGAUGGCCGAACCUGCUUUCAGGAUUGGCCACGGGUUUGACAUCCAUCGUCUCGCUCCUCUGGAAGUUGCUGGGCAAGGAUGUGUGAUCGGGGGUGUCAAAGUGGAGAACUUUGAGCUGGGAACUGAAGCUCACUCAGACGGCGACGUGCUUUAUCACAGCGUGACGGACGCCAUCCUAGGAGCCUUGAGCCUCCCCGACAUAGGUCAAUUGUUCCCUGACACUGAUCCCAAGUGGAAGGGGUGCGACUCCGAGAAGUUCUUGGCAGAAGCCUGGAAACUCAUGGACGAAAGAGGAUAUCAAGUUUCAAACCUUGACGUCACCCUCAUCCUUGAGCGGCCGAAAGUAUCUCCCAUCAAAUCUCGAAUGGAAGACAACCUUUCUCGAGUCUUGAAAGCGGAGCUUGAUGUGGUCAACGUGAAGGCCAGGACGCAUGAGAAGGUCGAUAGCAUUGGUGAAGGCAGGGCCAUGGCAUGCCAUGCGGUCAUUCUGAUGGAAAAGAAGGCCAAGUAGAACCACUUCUGACUCUGCGACUCGCAUCUCUGAGCAUAGAUGAAGUAAGAGUCUCUUCAACAUCCAGCAGACACACACGUAGCCUACUCUCAAACGGUCAGACA